AUAUGAAGAUCCUGGUUCAGGCUUUGAACGACACCCUCCAUAAUUCGUACCCUUAUAAUAUUUCAAUGUUCCUCCCUGAACAAAAUCCACUCACGAUCCACCACUUUGAAACAGUUGCGCAUGCGCAGACCGAAGCGCGGAGCUGCCCGAGUGCUGAACCCCGCGCGCGCCUGUGACACACACACACACACCGUUUCAUCACAAGCUGGAUUUCUCUUGUCAUCUCUAACGGUGUUUCCUUCAAGCGCGGAAUGAUUUUAGGAGCUUUGCGGGUUUGUUCGCGGACGCGGUGCGUCUCGGUGUCGGAUAAACCAUGAGAACCUGCGCUGAAGUGGUUCUGGGUUCACCUGAGGAAAACUGUGCUUUAGUUCGAGAGACGACACGACGGGUGUUCGGGAAUGACUCGCCCUUCUGGGAAACUCCUCUCAACUUUACUCGCGUGUUUAAUAGGAAUGCUCAACUUCAGGAUAACGGCAGGGCAAGAGAACGAGAGACUGUUCGCUCUGGAAUCUCCAUCUUCGAUGUCGCCCUCAGAUUUCCUGGACAAACUGAUGGGCCGAACGUCGGGAUAUGAUGCGCGGAUUCGACCCAACUUCAAAGGUCCACCUGUGAACGUCACAUGCAACAUCUUCAUCAACAGCUUCGGCUCGGUGACGGAGACCACUAUGGACUACAGGGUGAACAUCUUCCUCCGGCAGAAGUGGAACGACCCGCGGCUGGCGUACAGCGAGUACCCGGACUCGUCUCUGGACCUCGACCCGUCCAUGCUGGACUCCAUCUGGAAACCUGACCUGUUCUUCGCCAACGAGAAAGGAGCCAAUUUCCACGACGUCACGACGGACAACAAGCUCCUGAGGAUCUUCAAGGACGGGACCGUUCUGUACAGCAUCAGGCUGACGUUGAUCCUGUCGUGUCCGAUGGACCUGAAGAACUUCCCGAUGGACGUCCAGACCUGUACGAUGCAGCUGGAGAGCUUCGGAUACACCAUGAACGACCUGAUCUUCGAGUGGCUGGACAACGGCCCGGUUCAGGUGGCUGAUGGUCUGACGUUACCACAGUUCCUGAUCAGAGACGAGAAGGACCUGGGCUACUGCACCAAACACUACAACACAGGGAAGUUCACGUGCAUCGAGGUCAAGUUCCACCUGGAGAGGCAGAUGGGAUAUUACCUGAUCCAGAUGUACAUCCCCAGCCUCCUCAUCGUCAUCCUCUCCUGGGUCUCCUUCUGGAUCAACAUGGACGCGGCUCCGGCCCGGGUCGCACUCGGCAUCACCACGGUCCUCACCAUGACGACCCAGAGCUCGGGGUCACGGGCCUCGCUGCCAAAGGUGUCGUAUGUGAAGGCGAUAGACAUCUGGAUGGCGGUGUGUUUGCUGUUCGUGUUCGCCGCCCUGCUGGAGUACGCCGGAGUGAACUUCGUCUCCAGACAACAGAAGGAGUUCCUGCGGCUCAAGCGCAGGCAGAGGCGACACGCCAAGGAGGAAGAGUUACAAGAUGGCCGCCUGCACUUCUCCGGCUACAACAAAAGCCCCGCGACCAACGCCAUUCAGGGGUCGUCAAUCCCGAAGGACUCGGAACCCAACCGGAAGAAGUUUGUGGACCGAGCCAAGCGGAUCGACACCGUUUCCCGAGCCGCCUUCCCGAUGGUGUUCCUGAUCUUCAACGUGUUUUACUGGAUCACGUACAAGAUCAUCCGACACGAGGGCGCCAGGAAGGUCUAGUUCUUCAGUCAGGGACCAACACGCGGGACUUUUACGUGAAUAUCUGAUCAGCAGUGCAGACCAUGUUGUUGUUGUUGUUGUUGUUGAAAGGUUUCAUACGAGAGACACUGUUUUAUAUGAUUGUCUUUUGGAUCUUGAUCGUUUUUAUGAAUCGAGUCGUCACUCUUCUCCCCUUUCUACACGAACACACACCAUAUAUCAAAAUCUCACUAAGCACAUCAAUCUUCAGGUUAUAUUUCAUCCACAAAUCAAAUAUUAUAUGUUAUUACAUAAUGUACUAUAAAAUGUUAGAAAAGUCAGGGAAUAUAAUCAAAUUUUAAAUAAAAACAAAUUAAUUAGUAUAAUUUAAAUAUAU